GCUGCGGAGAGGCUGGGUGCUGCCGGUUACAUUUCUGGGCGCCUCAAGGAAGCCACGGGGCAAAGGGAUUUCUGUGGUGAGAAGCCAGGGGAGGGCUUGAAGGCAGGCCAGAAACUAGGUGCCAGCCCAGUGACACACACAGAAGCGGAGAUCGAUCAAGUCGACGUGGGUGCUUACGGCGCUCACGUGUGCACAGACCCGCCGCCUGCUCUACAUGUUGUCUGGGCACCUGUCGUGUGAGUGGCUCCGGGCGUGGCUGUUCCUCGGGACACUCAGUUUCUCUAAGAUUCAUCACUAGAGGUUUACCUUCCCCGGCUCCAGAGAGGGGCACGUAAGAAGUUUAAGAGCCGGAACUGAGCUGAUUAAAAGAAUGGAACCUAGACUGGGCCAGAGAAGAGAGGGAUGCUGGCAGUCAGGACGGUAAGGAGGAAACUCAGGAUGGGAACCAUCUGCUCCCCCAACCCCAGCGGGACAAAGACAUCCGCGGAGGUCUGCAAUGCUGACUGGAUGGCUUCACUCUCCCCUCACCUUCACAACGUCCCCCUUUCCAAUCUGGCAAUCCCAGGCUCCCAUGAUUCAUUUAGUUACUGGGUAGAUGAAAAGUCCCCAGUGGGGCCUGACCAAACACCAGCAAUCAAACGCCUGGCCAGGAUCUCCUUGGUGAAGAAGCUGAUGAAGAAGUGGUCUGUGACUCAGAACCUGACAUUCCGGGAACAACUGGAAGCUGGAAUCCGCUACUUUGACCUGCGUGUGUCUUCCAAACCAGGGGAUACCGACCAGGAAAUCUAUUUUAUUCAUGGGCUUUUUGGCAUCAAGGUUUGGGAUGGACUGAUGGAGAUUGACUCGUUUCUUACACAGCACCCCCAAGAGAUUAUCUUUCUGGAUUUCAACCACUUCUAUGCCAUGGAUGAGGCCCAUCACAAACGCCUGAUCCUCCAGAUUCAGGAAGCCUUUGGGAACAAGCUGUGUUCAGCCUGCAGUGUGGAGAGUAUGACGCUGCAGACCCUGUGGGAGAAGAAGUGGCAGGUUCUGAUUUUCUACCACUGUCCCUUCUAUAAGCAAUACCCCUUCUUGUGGCCUGGGAAGAAGAUUCCUGCACCCUGGGCAAAUACCACAAGUGUGCGCAAGCUGAUCCUCUUCCUGGAGACCACCCUGAGUGAGCGUGCCCCCCAAGGCUCUUUCCAUGUCUCUCAAGCAAUUCUUACUCCCCAAGCGAAGACUAUCGCCCGAGGUCUGGUUGGUGGACUCAAGAAUACCCUAGUUCAUAGGAAUCUCCCUGCCAUCCUUGACUGGGUGAAAACUCAGAAGCCUGGAGCCAUGGGUGUCAACAUCAUCACUUCUGACUUUGUGGACCUAGUGGACUUUGCCACAACGGUCAUUGAGUUGAAUGACCUACUGCAAGAGGACAGAGAUUUGACUAAAUGUUGAUUUCAUUUUUUUUUCUUUAACAUAACCUAAUAUUGAAUUUACUAAUCCAGGCUAGAGUUCUGGAGGGUUUUCUGUUAGAACAGCCCCUGGGGCGUAAUGCUGUAGUUGGAAGAGGGCAUUUUUACUCCCUCCUCACAGGACCAUUUAGACAAAAAUCACAAAUCUUUUCAUUGCAGUUUUUUCCCAAAUGAGACUUUGAGAAUUGAUAUUUAAGUCCAAGGGAAGAAAGCAUGUUUCAUGUGAUCAAGAUCAGAAUCUCCUCCAUGGUUCAUGAUGCUGUAUGCAAUGCAAUAGAGCCUUCCAGUCCCACUGGGGUAUGAUAUCCCCUUAACUGGACUGGUUCCUUGAUAGCUUCCAAAAUGCUGUGUUUGAAUCUGUGAGGAGACAGAACCAGUAAAGAGUUCUUUAUCCAAAGAAUGAUUCAUUGCAGGUGUACACAGCAUUAUAGGGAUCCAAAGGGAGGAAGGAACAAGCCUUAUUUCUCUCUGUGAUGUAGAGUAUCACUAUUUCCUUGAGAGAGUAAGGCCUAUUUAUCAGCAAGAUAUUUCAGCCACAAGCUGUUCUGACAUAGCUUGUGUUAUCCGUUUUAACUGUUUAAGUAAACAGUGCAUACUGUUCUCAGUAUCAGUUUCCCCAUUUUAAAACACUGACUCCUCUCUAUUUCUUUUGGCCCUUUCUCAAAACUGAAAGGAACAAAAAUGGAAGAUCUUUCAGUGUGGGACCCAAUAAGAGAUAGACAUGCAUGUUUGUUGCAUGCCAGACUUUUAAUUUAAUUCUGUAGCUUUUCCCAGAAUGACUGCCAGGUAAACACCUGCAUCAUUUUGGCAAAGUCCUCUCUGGAGUAGAAUCUUCAAGCCAGAUCUUGAAAUGCAUUCUGUGGUUAUCUGCCUACAACUUGCUCUGUGCAGUGGAAGACAUCUUGCCCAUGACAACAUGGAGAAAGGCACAGGAUACAUGGGGAAGUGCAAUGGAUUUAAGGAGGAAGCUCCAAGCAGGUUUGGAGCCAUUCUGUAACUCCUUGAAAACAAGACUACCUCGAGGACAUUGAGGAUGACUUCUUAGUCAUCGAGAAUACCCAGUGUUAGAACAUUUCCUGUUUGUUUCUUGAUUGUUCUACAUUCUAGCCUAUUAAUCACCAAUGCAUGAGGGCUUUGAAACUCAAGAGAAUAUUUUUUUGACAAGAGGUGCUUAUUUGUAAAGAGCCCUCUUGUGUUUAUUUAUUUACUUUAUUUAUUCAUUUAUUUAUUUAUAGAACAAGUAUCUUCAGUGCUUCUUACCUCAAGAGCACACACAAAAGAGCUUCCUGAACUUUUCUUAUGCAGGCAAGAUGCUGCCCUGGUCUUCCUUCUCUUCUUACAGGAGCAUGUAUCUCAGGAAUGUGAGUGACUUCUGACUCUGCUGUAAAUGUCCUGACUAUCUCCCAGUCAACUUCUCGACAGUGUUCAUCUGUGGAUGUGGCUCAGUCUGAGAAGCCACUGCUGUACUAUGCACUUAGUCAGAAAAAUGAAUGGAUUGUGAAGGACUCUGGGUACUUGAGGAAGCAUCUGCAAAAGACGGUGUAACAGGAAAGUGUGAAAAAGAAAAAGGAUAUGGGAGCUCGCUGCUGCUCCUCUGAGCUGUCUGAGAACCACCAUGGAAGUAUCGACUUCGUGUUCUUAAGGAGGAAAGAUAAACAUGGAAUCCCAUGGG